AAAAUCGUUAAGCAUGAAAAUCGGAAAACACUUUCCGUGAUAACUGUGCAAUGUGGCAUAUCAUUUGGAAACACAAUACAAUUCUCAUACCAGUAUUGCUUUUGGAGAUUCCAUAAAAGUAAUGUACUUGACAUUGAGGGGUUAGUGAAACGAGACACUGAAUGUUUAUCGAUUUCACAAACUAUCAUUCUUAAUCGUACGAAUUAUUCCUUGACCAUGGAUCUAAUUGACGAUAUUAUUGUUAGACAUGAAGUCAAUAUUUUUGAUUAUAACGAAUUUACUGAUAUGGUGGGCAUUGGAGAGGGUGGAUUUUGCACCGUAGAGAAAGCGUACUGGAAAACUCGUGGGUUAACGGUCGCUCUGAAGAGUUUAAAAAUUGAACGAAAUGAAAAAUAUAUCAAAGAAUUUGCUAAAGAGCUUCAGAUUUUGUGCAGAAUCAGGAUGCAAUAUCAUCCCAACAUUAAUCAAUUUUAUGGAGUUGCGAAGGAACAUCGUGAUGAUAAACCCACACUACGCCCAAUGGUCCAUGAGGUCUUUAAGGUUUUAAGUGAGAUGAUGUCAGAAGAGGUUCCAGAACCCUCUGCAUCAUUCCCUGUCAGAGAAGGCGUUGAAUCCAAUACCACCUUAAGAGAAGAAAUCACAUCUAUUCCAAUAGACUCCGACUCAGUAUUAAUUAAAUCAGACCAUUUUGAAAAAAAAAUUCCUUCACUUGUAUUUCGCUUGCUCAUUCGUGGAAGUCGAGACGGAUUUACGCCACAAAUAUUUCAUCAAAAAUGUGACAAUAAGGGUCAAACCCUGACAGUUUUGAAGAUAAAAGGCACUAACGAAAUUAUAGGAGGGUUUAAUCCGUUUAGCUGGGAAUCGCCGCCCGAGGCAAGAUACUACUAUACAAAAAAGAGUUUUAUUUUUAAAAUAGAUCCGUCUGAUUCAAGAAACAUGGUGUUUAGUAAGGCAAGGCAUCAUGAAUCAAUUAAAUCGGGAAAACAUUAUGGUCCGUAUUUUCGUGGUGAUUUGGCUAUGGAAGGAGAAAACUUUAGCGAAGAUUGUAGAUGUCAAACGUUUCACCUGUAUUACGAAAAAGCCAUUAGGUCAACGGAAGAAAUGUUUUCAGUGGAAGAGUAUGAGGUAUUUCAAGUGAUAAAAAGUUCAUGA